UCUUGGGGUGAGGUCGCGUCGCCCUUACGCGACUUUCUACGUCUUUCUGUGAAGUUUAAGUGGACUGUGACGGUGUUGUGUGAGUGAGUGUGGGAUUGUUAUGUGAUUGUACAGACGGGAGAGCUGCAGUAGAAAAUUUUCCAGUCUAGCAACAUCGAAGAUAAAUAAUUCACGGCUCGUACCUGAUGACGCAUAAGAUUUGGCGCAAACUCGGCGCGUCUCGCUCCGUUUAGUUUGAGAAAAAUGAAUUCACCCGCAAAUGAACAUUAAAAAGAUCACAUAUGCUUUCGUCGAGGAGUACUCACCAGGUAUGCGACAAAACGAAGAAAUGACUAGCAUCAUAGCAGAAUGGCUCACAAAUGUUGGAAAACAUGGCUGAGGGUGUGGACCGUCGCGUGCCUGGUGCUCGUCGCCGCCGACUUCACCACCGAGUGCCAGCGCCCCUGCGACUGUCGCUGGCAGUCCGGAAACAAGGCCGCCGUCUGCGCCAACGCCAGCCUCGCCACCGUACCGGGCAACCUCAGCUCCGACAUACAAAUCCUCGACCUCUCCAACAACAAUCUACUCCAGCUCCACCAGGAUGCCUUCAGGAAGGUCGGCCUCACCAACCUCAAGAAGCUGUUCCUCCGGGAAUGCAGCAUCGAGGUCGUCCACAAGGCCGCGUUCGUCUCGCUCGCGAUCAUGAUAGAGUUGGACCUGUCGCGGAACAAAAUCCACCACCUCCAUCCCGACACCUUCCGGGGCACCGAGAAGCUGAGAAUGAUAAACUUGAAUAACAACUUCAUAGAUAAGCUGGAGGACGGGCUAUUCCGCAACCUGAAGUACCUUCAGAAAGUCGAGGUGAGCAACAACAGGAUCACGCGGAUCGCGACGCGGACGUUCGUCAAUUUGCCCCAGCUGAAGAUACUGAGAAUAGACGGAAACGCCCUCACUCACAUAAAGCCGGAAGCUCUGAUGGCGCUGAGGAACCUGUCGGGACUGGACCUGCACAACAACCCGUGGCGGUGCGACUGCAAUCUGCAGACGUUCCGCGACUGGGUCAUCAACCACAACCUGUACACGCCACCCACGUCGUGCGCGGAGCCCGCCGCCGUGCGGGACAGACUAUGGAACGAGUUGGACUCCUCCAACUUCGCUUGCCGGCCUACGAUAUUGGAGCCGCUGCCGGAUUCCAUUGUGAAAAGUUACGACGAGAACGUGACGCUCGUCUGUAAAGUAGUCGGGAAUCCGACCCCGGAAGUCGUUUGGCGAUACAACGGGCGAACUAUCGAAGCAAGAUCGUUCGGCGAAAUUCGAUACGCCACUAACGAGAACACCGUGGAUCUCAUUCGCUGGGUGAAUCUCACGAUAAUUAACGCGCGAUAUAGUGACCGAGGGAACUAUACCUGCGUCGCGGAGAACCCCGGUGGAAAGGACGAGCAGACGCUCACGCUCAUCCUCACAAAGUACAAUGGAAUGGGAACGUUGAUUGGCCUAGAUUCGGAUUCAUUCGCCAUAGUUGUAGGAUGCCUAACGUCUAUCGUUAUAAUUUUCGGAGUCGUACUCGGCGUAUGCUACUUCACUUCGCAGAAGAGUAGCUUGAAAAGACUGAUUAAAACCGAUAAUCGUUCGACUAACGGAGAAGCUCUUAUAGAAGCGUCGGUUGCCUCCGAAGCCGAGAAGAGCUACAAGCUGGAUGUGAAUCCAAUUUCUAAGCCACCAAGAAAAUAUGAACCGGCAACUCUCGCCAGUACUGAGACGGAACUGGCAGAUCUGAACAAAACUCUGCUGAAUAAUGAAGCCGUCGCAGCAGCCAAGGAGGAGCUGCUACAACAGGAGGUUGAGCUUCCGAAGGUGCCGCAAGAGUUCAUCGUCAGCGCGUCUCACGACACCCAAGCGUAUCCUCCAGACCUCCUCACGUUUCCCCUGCGGAGUACCAGCCAGGUGUCACCGGCGAGUGCCACGUCGUCAGGGAAGGACAGGGUCGUCCUCACCAAAAUAGACAGCCCCAACUCACCUAACUACAGGAUAUCCCCCGCAACACCCACUCUCUACAGCAAGUUCCAAAACUCCAAUUUCCAGAGCAUUCCUUUUUCGAAUUCGAAGGGCUACGUCACUCUGCCUAGAAGGCCCCGAUCCAGUUUUCCGGAAUCAGCUCUUGGACCUCAAAUCUAUAGCACGUUGAAUGGUGUCAUACCCUACUACGACACGUUUAAUAUGAAGCUGUUUGGACACGGGGGAAACUACUACAGCAUCAACAAGAGCGAGAUGGACCUAGGUCCCGUAAAUAAGUCCAGCUUUCUGAAUGCGUCGGAUGACCUGGAGCCGGCUCCGUCUCCAGCCCCCGGGACUCCUCACGCCAACAUACCCAGGAACAGCCUGAGCUCGCCCAACAUCCACAACCAGCUCAUGGCGCAGAUGACGAAUGGGAAGAGAGAACAGAAGGCUCUGACCGUGAGAUUAGAGAAUAACUACCCUCUGAGAAAUUCAAGCGCUGAUUUGAAGGCGUUUUUCAACGUAUCGAGCGGCUCCCUCGGAAGGGCCCGCGGACACAAAACCAGCAAGCGAAGCUCCGUCGAUAUUAAGGAACAGUUUCUGAACACCAUCGAGAACGCCACUGAGGUGUAAUUUGGUACACGAAAGGACAUGAUUAGGGUAUUUCCCUCGACCAUUUUGUUUCGUUACAUAUUUAUGGGCCUUUAUAAAUUCUGUCAAAUUGUCUUUUAAUAAGCUUUUAAUAGUCUUUGAAAGGUAUAAUAAUAUUUAC